AGAGCAUCAGCAUAGGAAGUACUCUUUUAGAAAAUAACAGCACAUAUUUUCAAUGUUUUGUACAAAUGUUAAACUAAGUGAAUGUAAACAUUCGUCAUUUUGAAUUUAAAAUAUUUAUGUUUAUCAGGACAAAAUAAAUUAGUUGAACUUCACCUCUCCCUAUAUCUACUUCAACAAAGAAUCCACAUACGUAUCAUAGUUAGACUUUGAACCUGCAUGUGCUUAAUUUUACAUGCAUGAGUACAUUGACUUCAAUGGGGCUACUCAGAGUGUGUAAAGUUAAGCCCAUGUGUAAAUCUUUACAGGAUCAGGGCCUUAAAUUAUUAAAGCUUUCUGGGCAUAUCAAAGAGUACUUGGGCAAGGACAAUUAAAAAAACCAGCCAGUCUAAAGAGAAAAGUUUUCAAACAGCAAUUUAUGUUUUUUAUUUCAUUGAACCAAUUAAUGAAAUCAGUUGACUUAAUGAAAUUAUUUCAAUCUAGCUAAAAGAAAGAAAGUGUUCAAGUGCAUUCUGUAUAAGAGACUCAAAUAAGUAAAAAUUGUUGAGUCUUGUGUUUUGUUGCCAAUAAAGCUUUUACAAGUGAAAGCAAAAGCAUUGCCAGGAAUACAUUUGGUGCUUACUCUGCUUUCCAUCCUUUUUUGAUUUUCAUACAUUGCAAAUCUAUAGUGUCGUUGCUCAAAACAGAGAAGGCCACCCACUCACUUUUAAUCAAUGAGAAACCAGCACUUGUGAAAGCAGUACUGGAAAUGUGAAAACAGGAAGAGACCAGUGUGUCAUUGGCAAGCCGAACUGUAGAGCAAGAUUUAGCAAGUUCAUCUCUAACGUCCCCUCAGAGCACACAGUACCUCAUGAACUCACUCACUAGACCUGCACACAGUAAACAACUUGGAACUCAGUUUAUCUAUCUGGAAGGGAUGAAGAAUUGAACCAGAACUGCUGGGAUUUGAAAUUAUGCUUCCUGGAGUCUAGAUCCAAACUCAGUUGUGGAAUUGCUCAAGAUCUAAGAUCCAUGAAAAGAACAUUUUCUACAUAACAGAGUGACCAUUUUGAUUUAUUUGAUUUUAAAAUCAAUGAUUGUGUGGCUGUUGUUGACUCAUCUGCUGUGUUUCUUCACUGAAGUUUAAAGAACAGAGUGAUCUUUCCCGUAAUAUUUUUGUAAACACUAUGACUAACUGUAAAGGAAGAUCUACCACUACCAAAAUAAAUGGUAAUGGUAAAGCUUAUGAUGGAGAAAGUUUUGUAAAUUGGACUAUAAAUCUAAAUACAAUUCAGUCUGACAAGUUUCUCAACCUGCUGUUGAGUAUGGUUCCAAUUGUUUACCACAAAAAGCAGGAAGAACGACAUAAAAAAGUGAAUGGUGUCUGGCAAGAUGGAUUACAACACACAGGACACAAUUUUAAUGUUAGAUCGGAUCAACACACGGAGUACCAUCACUUCUCAGAACCAGCUUUUCAUGGUAGUAAUGGACACAGUCCAUCUAGCUGUAGUCCAAAGUAUGAUGACUUUGCCAGUUAUAAUUAUUGUGAUGGGAUGGACACGUCAGAAACAGAUGCCAUAUUGCAGGAUGACAACUUGUCUAGUGAUGGUGAUGAAGAUGCCAUUGUGGAAAGGAGCAGAAAGCAGCCAAAGGAGUCCAGCAGUAUUAUGGCAUUACAGAUUCUUGUACCAUUUUUGUUAGCAGGAUUUGGAACUGUUUCUGCUGGUAUGGUUUUGGAUAUUGUGCAGCAUUGGGAAGUGUUCAGAAAUGUUACUGAAGUUUUUAUCUUGGUUCCUGCACUUCUUGGUCUCAAAGGUAAUUUGGAAAUGACCUUGGCAUCUAGACUAUCAACUGCAGUAAAUGUUGGGAAAAUGGAUUCUCCCAUUGAGAAGUGGAACCUAAUAAUUGGCAAUUUGGCCUUAAAACAGGUCCAGGCAACGGUCGUUGGUUUUCUAGCAGCAGUGGCAGCAGUCACACUGGGCUGGAUUCCAGAAGGCAAAUAUCGCCUUGAUCAUUCAAUCCUUUUGUGUUCUAGCAGUGUAGCAACUGCCUUCAUAGCAUCUCUUCUACAGGGGAUAAUAAUGGUUGGAGUUAUUGUUGGAUCAAAGAAGACAGGCAUAAAUCCUGACAAUGUUGCCACACCUAUUGCAGCGAGUUUUGGAGACCUUAUCACUCUUGCUAUACUAGCUUGGAUAAGUCAGGGUCUUUAUAAUUGCCUUGAGACAUAUUACUAUAUAUCUCCUUUAGUUGGUGCCUUUUUCUUGGCUCUGACUCCUAUGUGGAUUGUAAUAGCUGCCAAACAUCCAGCUACAAGAACUGUUCUCUAUUCAGGGUGGGAGCCUGUUAUAACUGCUAUGCUUAUAAGCAGCAUUGGUGGCCUUAUUCUGGACACAACUGUUUCUGAUCCUAAUUUGGUUGGGAUUGUUGUUUAUACUCCAGUAAUCAAUGGUAUUGGUGGUAAUUUAGUGGCAAUUCAAGCUAGCAGAAUUUCUACCUACCUCCAUUUACAUAGCAUUCCUGGAGAGUUGCCAGAAGAAGCAAAGGGUUGCUAUUACCCAUGCAGAACCUAUUAUGGUACAGGAGUAAAUAACAAAUCAGCCCAAGUUCUUCUCCUUUUGGUGAUUCCUGGGCAUUUAAUUUUCUUGUACACCAUCCAUUUAAUGAAAAGUGGUCAUACCUCUUUGACUCCAGUUUUUAUAGCAGUAUAUUUGUUUGCAGCCCUGCUACAGGUGUUUACUUUGUUAUGGAUUGCUGACUGGAUGGUGCACCACUUCUGGAAAAAAGGAAAAGAUCCUGACAGUUUUUCUAUCCCUUACCUUACUGCGUUGGGAGAUCUGCUUGGAACUGCCUUAUUAGCUAUGAGUUUUCACUUUCUGUGGCUCAUUGGUGAUAGAGAUGGGGAUGUUGGAGACUAAUCAUUCAGAUGGACAUAUUGUUCCCAGUAGAUUCAGAAGAAAAAUAGGAGAAAACUGCUUACCAUUCCAGUUGAAGGAUUUCAAAACAAUUGUUCAAUUUAGUAUGGGUAAUUAAGGUGGCACAGAUUUUAAAUGGCCUUAAUAUUUUUUAAUGAAAGGUGGAACAGGAAGGAUUUUAUCUGACUUUUACCCUGAAAGUGAGGACUGUUGCCACUUGAAAACAUCUGACCAGAUACAAUGAAAUGUAGGCUGAUUGUUUGACAGGUGUUUUGUAUUAGGAAAAAAAUGGAGCGUUUAAAAAAGGAAAAUCAUGGGAUAUCAUAUAAAUCAGAGCUUUCUUUAAUUGACAAUAAAUGAACAGUGAAGAAGGGAGAUGAAAACAGAUCAGUGGCUUAUCAUGUCUUUUUUAGCCCUCACAAAUUGGGUAUAUAUUUCAAAUCACAAUGCACAAAGGGUUCAUUGAGUCAAAAUAAUUUCCUUCUCACAGACACAACUACUUAAUUGAUUAUGUGUCUUUGCCAUUUUUAGGAUUUCUCCAGUUGACACAGGCUGUACAUCAAUAAUAAUAAUUAUUGUAAUGAUUUGGGCCCUAAUCCUUCAAACAUUUUGACACAUGCUUAACUUUACGCACAUCAGAGGAACUACUUUCAUGUACUGUUACGCUCUUCGAGAAGUAUUUGCAUGAUUGGGCCCUACCACAGUGUAGCAAGAGAACUGCAACCUACUUCUUUUGCCCUUGGUAUCUAUCUAAAUCAAUGAUGUAAGCUAGGGGUUCUCAAACUUCAUUGCACCAUCACCCUCUUCUGACAACAAAAAUUACAACACGACCCCAGGAGGGGGGACUGAAGCCUGAGCCCACCCGAGCUGCCGUGGGUGGAGGGGCCAAUUCCAAAGCCUGCUGAGGCCAAAACUGAAGCCCAAGGGCUUCUGCCCCAGGCGGGGGGGCCUGUAACCUGAGCCCCGCCACCCAGGGCUUGGGCUUUGACCCCAGGUGGUGGUCAGGGGUGGUCCUAGCUUUUUUGCCGCCCCAAGCAUGGCAGGCAGGCGGCUUUCGGCAGCAUGUCUGCGGGAGGUCCCCAGUCCUGCGGAUUCGGCAGCAUGCCUGCGGGAGGUCCGCCGGUCCCGCGGAUUCGGCAUACCCGCCGCCGAAUUGCUGCCAAAUCUGUGGGACCGGGGACCUCCCGCAGGCAUGCCGCCGCCGAAUUGCCGCCAGACCUGGGACCUCCCGCAGGUGUGCCGCCAAAGGCUGCCUGAUUGCCGCCCUCACAGGGACCGGCAAGGCGCCAUCCGCGGCUUGCCGCCCCAGGCAUGUGCUUGGAGCGCUGGUGCCUGGAGCCGCCACUGGUGGUGGGACUUGGGCUUUGACUCUGGCCAGUGGGGCUCAGGCUUUGGCUUUGACCCCGAGCCCCAGCAAGUUUAAUGCCAGCCCUGGUGACCCCAUUAAAACAGGGUCGUGACCACCUUGGGGUCCUGACCCACAGUUUGAGAACCGCUGGUAUAAGCAAACACAUUUAGGAUGACGCUGCACUGAUCUAUAUUAAUGAGGAUAAGCUAGAAUGAAGCUAGUUUUCUGUUGAAAAAUGUACUUUUAGUUGGCAACUGGAGAGACUUCUAGUAUUAAUAUUAAAAGUACUGUCAUGGCAUUGACAUUUAUUAUGUACUUUAAGGUUGUGUCAUUGUUCCCAUUAUAAUAAUCCGUUUUCAAGUGUUUCGGUUGUAAAUAUUUACCCCUGAUCAAAACUUGGGGUGUAUAAGAUUGUGUUGCUUCUUAGACUUUUUUUAAAAUUUAUUUGGACUAUUUGAAAGUUUAUGUAAACUUUUAAAAAUAUAGGGCCAGAGUGUGCCAUCAACUUUUAAGCAGAAAUCACCAUUGUUGUUAAUAAGGAUUUCUGUUUAAAAGCUGUGGCAGAAUAUGGCCUAUAGAGAAAGAAAUUACUGGCUGAAUGCUUUCUUAUAUUUGUUUAACUCAAAGCUCAAAACAUGAAGUUUGGCAAGUGAUUAGUCUAAUUAGUAAUUUGAAAAAAUAUAUUAAAUUGUACAGAUAUAUUUUGAAAAUUGGCUACAAUUCAUGCACAGCAAAUGUUUCUAAAAUUUAAAAAUCACGGUGGACAUCCUACAUACAUAAUUGCAUGAAUCAUUCUGGUUAAUUGUGUAAAUACUAUAACCAAAAAUUUCAAAUUUGGAGACUUAAAAUUAGACACCUGAAUCCAUAUUAGAUUCCCAAAUUAGACUCCUAAGUCAGCGUAUAUCGUUAUCCUGCAAACAUUUAUGUGUGUGAUUUUAUGCAUAUGAGCAGUCUUUCUGAAUUUAAUGGGACUACUCAAAUUCAUAAAGUUACAUUUGCGCAUAAGUUUUUACAGAAUUGGGGCAUUAGACACUUAAAAAGUUGGCCUGACUUGCAAAGAGCUGCUGAGCAUCUUCAUCUCCAUGGAAAAACAGGGUGUUUGCAAGUCCAAAAAUAAAGCCAGAUAUGGAUUUAGAUGCCUAACUUUAGGCACCCUCAUUUGAAAAUUUUUACUUGAGCUUUUUCUUAAAAUUAUGACUACCUAGUUGACAGAUUGGAAAGGAUCAUAAACCUGUUAUGUCUUCUACGUAUGUGAGGUAAAGAUGACUAUCACUUUAAGUUCCCUGACUUUUGAUAGUUUUCUAUUAAUGUUAUUUAAAUUAGUUUAUUGUAAUGUAAAUUGUGAGAAAUAUUCUAAAUUGUUUAAAAAUGGGAUGGUUAUAAUUCACUUUUUGUUUGACUUCUUUAAAAUGCUGUUUUUAUUCUGUGCUAUAGACCUAGAAAUAAUUACAGAAUUUAAUUCUGGUGGAACUACCUUGUUGAACUACAUUGUCAUGGCAAACUUUUUUAUUGGAGGAAUUACUGGAUUUUAAAAUCCUAAUAAAUGAACUGCAAAGCUCUUUAAACAAUAAAACAUAGUUUCUUCACUGCACUGAAA